AUGAACAUCCAUGUGGAAGGACUGGUAGCGAUCGUUAUCUUCUACCUGCUGAUUCUGGGGGUGGGAAUAUGGGCCGCCUGGAAAAACAAGAACUCGGGAGUGGAGGAAGGAACGGAUCGCAACGAGACCAUCAUGGUUGGAGGAAGAGAUAUCGGACUGUUUGUUGGAGCGUUUACUAUGACUGCUACAUGGGUUGGAGGAGGUUAUAUUAAUGGCACAGCUGAGUAUGUGUAUCUGCCUGAUUUUGGCCUGGCCUGGGCACAGGCUCCCUUUGGAUAUGCCAUGAGUCUCAUAGUGGGAGGUCUGUUCUUCGCUAAGCCGAUGCGUUCUCGAGGCUAUGUGACUAUGUUGGACCCAUUCCAGCAGCUGUAUGGGAAGCGAAUGGGCGGCCUGCUCUUCAUCCCUGCACUCAUGGGAGAGAUCUUCUGGUCUGCCGCCAUCUUAUCAGCUCUUGGAGCAACAUUAAGUGUCAUCGUGGACAUUAACAUCAACAUUUCUGUAAUCAUCUCAGCCUUCAUUGCCAUUUUCUACACACUGGUUGGGGGCAUCUAUUCAGUGGCUUAUACAGACGUGGUUCAACUCUUCUGCAUCUUUGUGGGACUGUGGAUCAGUGUCCCUUUUGCACUGUCGAACCCUGCUGUGUCUGACAUUGGCUUGACAGCGGUGAAGAAGCUCUACCAGGAUCCCUGGCUGGGAUCGAUCAAAAGCACAGAUGGAUGGAUGUGGGCGGACAACUUCUUCCUUUUGAUGUUGGGGGGAAUACCCUGGCAGGUCUAUUUUCAACGAGUUCUUUCUGCCUCUUCAGCUACUUAUGCCCAAGUUCUCUCCUUCCUGGCUGCUUUUGGCUGCAUCAUCAUGGCCAUUCCCUCAGUCCUGAUUGGUGCUAUUGGGGCCUCCACAGACUGGAACCUGACUUCUUAUGGACCCAUCCCACCCAUGAUGAAAGAUGAAUCAGAAAUGAUUCUUCCAAUCGUCCUACAGCACCUGUGCCCAUCCUAUGUCUCCUUUUUUGGGCUGGGGGCAGUGUCUGCCGCAGUUAUGUCAUCGGCUGACUCGUCCAUCCUUUCAGCAAGCUCAAUGUUCGCAAGAAACAUCUACCAGAUGGCCUUCCGUCAGUCGGCAUCAGACAACGAGAUUGUCUGGGUCAUGAGGAUCACAAUCUUUGUUUUCGGCGCUCUUGCUACAGCCAUGGCCCUCCUGACAGGUACAGUGUACGGUCUAUGGUACCUCAGCUCAGACCUGGUCUACGUCAUCAUCUUUCCUCAGCUUCUCAGUGUCCUUUUUGUCAGAGGCACCAAUACCUAUGGCUCAGUGGCAGGCUACAUCUUUGGUCUGUUCCUGCGAAUUGGCGGUGGUGAGCCAUACCUCAAGCUGCCUCCUUUUAUUUACUACCCUGGCUGGUACUAUGUAGAAAAGGUCCACCAUACCACUCAAAUGGUGGAACUCUUGGUGAUGCAGAGGUUUCCCUUUAAAACAGUCUCCAUGUUGGCCUCUUUUCUGGGAAAUGUGGCCUUCUCUUAUUUAUUUAAGUAUUUGUUCGAGAGCGGCAUCCUGUCAGCCAAGUAUGACUUCCUGGAUGCAGUGGUGGCCAAACACAGUGCUGAGAUCAUGGACAGGACAACGCUGGUAAACAGGAACAUCAUUGGGUUGAACGAGAUGGCACCAGCACGGCCGAGGCUUAGCGUCACAUUGGCUGGAGCCUUUAGCAGGAGGGAAACCCUUCCAGAAGAAGAGGAGGAGGACUCCAGCCCAGAGUCUCCCAGUCAUGAGAAUGAGUAAAUACCACUGCCUUUUUAA